GAUUUAAAGUCCGCCAGAGCUUUGGGGCAGUUGCAGAGCUCUUUCAACCGGCGCGGAUCUUCUGGCGACGUGUCUCAAACCAGUUGCAGACGAUUUCAGCUUCGGGGGAACAUACACAGGAAAAGAAGCCAUGGGGUUGCUGUGGAGUAUGCGUUCAGUCCCUGGCAGCUGCAAAGGCCUCAGGUUGAGGAAGACGAACGUCUGCACCCCCCAGCUGGUCCACAUCUCGGUUUACGAUGGCCACGUGGAGGAGGGUUUCACAGAGCGGCCUCCCCUAGCCUCGGUGCUCUCGGAGAGAUGGUUCAUAGGUCCAGGAGUCCGCAGGGUGGAAGUCCAAGAGAAAGGAGUGCGAGGGACGCUGUUCAUACCUCCAGGUCCAGGACCCUUCCCCGGCGUGAUGGACAUGUGGGGCGUACGGGGGGGGCUGGUGGAGUAUCGGUCGGCCCUGCUCGCCUCUCACGGUUACGCCUCUCGGGCGCUGCAGUACUUUGCUGCCGGUGAGCUGUCGUCAGCCAGCAAAGAGUUCGAGUACUUUGAGGACUUCCACCCCAAGGAAAGAGUGCAGAGCGGGUUCAAAGUCCGCCGCAGAGCUUUGGGGCAGUUACAGAGCUCCUUGAGCCGGCGCGGACCUGCUGGCGACGUGUCUCAAACCAGACCAUCCUCCACCAUGUCCUCGGCCGCCCCCCCAAUCCUCUCCGUCGUCCCCUCCCGGGCCCUGGUGGACGAGACCUUCCGGGUGACGGUGCAGAAUCUGCCUCCGAGCUCCGCGGUGACCCUUCACUCCCUCCACCGCUCCGAGGAUGAGGACCUGUGGGAGGCCUACGGACACUACGUCAGCGACCAGCGGGGAAGCGUCUCGGUUGCAGACGAUUUCAGCUUCGGGGGAACGUACACGGGAAAAGAAGCCAUGGGGUUGCUGUGGAGUAUGCGUCCCGUCCCUGGCAGCUGCAAAGGCCUCAGGUUGAAAAAGACGAACGUCUGCACCCCCCAACUGGUCCACAUCUCGGUCUACGACGGCCACGUGGAGGAGGGCUUCACAGAGCGGCCUCCCCUGGCCUCGGUGCUCUCGGAGAGAUGGUUCAUAGGUCCAGGAGUCCGCAGGGUGGAAGUCCAAGAGAAAGGAGUGCGAGGGACGCUGUUCAUACCUCCAGGUCCAGGACCCUUCCCCGGCGUGAUGGACAUGUGGGGCGGAGGGGGGGGGCUGGUGGAGUAUCGGUCGGCCCUGCUCGCCUCUCACGGUUACGCCUCUCUGGCGCUGCAGUACUUUGCCGCCGGUGAGCUGUCGUCAGCCAGCAAAGAGUUUGAGUACUUUGAGACGGCGUUUAACGUGAUCAGGCUCCAUCCCCUGGUGAGCCCAGACAGAGUUGGAAUUCUUGGUCUUUGCCUCGGUGCGGUCAUCACCAAUCAUUUGGCGGCCGAGAGCAGCGUCAUCAAGCCUCGUUGUUGCGUUUGUGUCAGUGGCGUCCACAUUUGUCCACGCGGGGCGUCGCUCACAGGAAUCUACCAGGCACUGGUCGCGAAUGCUCACAAGACACAAGUGGACGAGAACAACCAGGAGAUAUGGCGAUACAGGGAACUCCCAAUCCCUGAUGACCUCGCUAAGAAAAUUGACGUGGGGAAAAUAAACUGCCCAAUGUUGUUGGUGAACGGCCUCGACGAUCAGAACUUGCCCACGGUGGAGGCUGCUGAGGAUAUGGCCCAUAUGAUGCGAGCAGCAGGGAAAGACCACCUGCUGACCAGGAUCGAAUACCCAGCUACUGGACAUCUGAUCGAGCCGCCCUACUCGCCUCACUUCAGAGCCACCAAGUUCAUAAAGCAAGUCAUACUAGUUUGGGGAGGACAAACCAAACCUCAUUCAGAUGCUCAAGAGGACUCCUGGAAGAAGAUCUUGGCUUUUCUACAGCAGCACCUGUAUUCCAACGACCCCACCGGAGCCAAGAUGUGAAGGCAGAGGAACCAUGGCAACCUCAGCAGAGACAUGGUGGCAACGAGACUAGUGUCCAUUAAAUGAACGCUCAUGAUGAUCCGGUCAACUUGUGCUUCUUCAUAUUAUUUAGUGUCCCCAAAAUUAUUAUUAUUAUUCAUUGAAAUGAAAAUGUUUUCGUGUAAAGAAAUGAUUCACCCACAAGAGUAUUUCUAGAGAAAAUG